AACACGUAAUACCGCACUAGAUGAAAGAGGCCAUCGUAAAGCAGACCUUCCCAUCCAAGACAGCGUUAUCCGCGGUCAAAAAGAGCAAUACCGACCGCCUACGCAACGGAUACAUGACGGGGAAGGCCAAGGCACAAUAUCUGACGCUCCGCUUCGACGGGUUCAAUCGGUCGCUGUUUGCUGCUCUGAAGGCUCACGCGGCGACGACUGGCAGUACCCCCACCGCGGGCAUGAAGCGCUCCGCCUCGGCAGACGCUGAAGGAGGGGCGGGUCCUUCGAAGAAGGCGAGGAAGGCAGCACAACAAGCGGAUUAGAUGAUCAGCGAGCAAUCGCCUUGGCCUGUCUCGCUUCUUGUCGGUUUGAGGACGGUGGAAGCGAGACUGGAAAUGGGACAAUUGUAUGGAUGAAUGCUUGUAUUGUACCGCCUUCUGAUACUCUCCACUGUAUUUCCGCAGCGUAUUUGGUUUUUAGAUUGUCAGGUCAAGAUAUCCCGGACUUCGAAGGAUAGCCUGAGUCAACGCAAGCCUUGUGUCCAACACCUGUACGUACGCACGACGCCAAACGGAGUGAUCUUGUACCAAAGUUAUUACUCCGGGCACGCUCGCAAGCUCGUUGGCGUUCGUCGUCAGUGGUUACCGAUGCGCUAGUCACAUCUCACGAGAACUGUUAUACUGCGGAGCCGCCACGAGGCGGACUGUCACACGGUCAUACUGUUGUGGACAUCGUUGCAUACGCCCGGUUGCCAUCCUCCGCAUUCGACCUACACGUUCACCACGCUAUUCAUGCAGGAGCUCAGCGUGGACCCUACUUUAGCCCCUGACCUUGUGCGGCUGUUCGGCACAAAGUUGGUAGAGACGCGGCAGGCGUUAGAUGACUUACGGGCGGUGCGCAGAGCCAGCUACCGAGCGUGUUUUUGACAAUACAAUUCCCAUACAGGAGACCCGAGACCUGCAAGAUGAGAUUGCCCGGCUGCGUCAGCAGAAGGCGGAUAUGUUUCUCGGGGACUUGUCAGGCGUAGAUAACGAAGUGGUGGGCACCCAGGUGAGUCCGAGAAAGUA